AUGGGGUUUACGGGUUACAACGUCAACUCCACCGGUCAGUCAUGAUGACGACGCGAUCGCGCUCGCCCAUCCCAUCGCCUUCCCUCCUGAGCAUUAACUUCGCUCACCCAUCCCAGCCCGCCGCCUUCUCUCCGAGCGUGAAUUCCGCCAAGCGGACCUGCCGCGGCCGGCCCUGGGAGAUGGUGCUCUGCAUCUACGGCUUCCCACCAACGUCGUGGCACUCCAGGUCAUGACGCGAGAUCCCCUUCCUCCCCGCCGCCCGGCUCCUACCCCAACUUCCAGCGCCUCCUCCCCACUGCGGACGCGCUCCAGACGGGCCAAGCGUCACGCCGGCGACGAGCCCCGAACGGCGAUGGCAACGAAGACGACGCGUUCCGGGCCGCGCCGCCGCCACGCGACCUCGCCAUGCCCCCGCCGCACGCCUUCGUCCACUUCGCGCAGCCGGAGGUCGCGUGCCGCACCGCCGCCGCCGGUUCCGAGCUCAUCUUGCGUGCGCGCCCCGCCUACUGUGGCUCCCACCGCCGCGGGGCGCGCCACCAGGGCGCCGAGCCCUUCCACUUCGCGGGCUCGCGCGUCGAGGUGGGGAACCUUUGGCCGCCCGCCGCCUUCACCGUCGCUUGGCGCGACCCCGCCGCGCCCGGGGGGCUCGACCUUCGUGGUCGACCCGCUCGACGAGACCGCGACGCCGCCUUCGCGUUCCUGGGCUCCCACUGCUGCGCUGCGACGUCAAGCUCGAGUUCUCCUUCCUUGACGUUGCCGAGGUCCUGCCGUUCCAGAACGACGACUCGCUCCUCCUCCGGCUCUCGGCCGCGCCCCUGCUGUACUACCGCAAGGCGGCCGACGAUGUUCACCAGCCCGUGCCGACCUGCUCUACCAGGCACAUCUUAGACAAGACGAAGUGGAGGAUCUAAUUUUUUUGGUUGUAAGGGGCUGCAGCUGAUCAAUGGAUCCACCAUAAAUCUUUGAAUUAAAUCUACUGCAUACAUGGCAUUUCGAGAAAUUGCAGGAAUUACAGAACCAGACUGAUAAACAACGAACAAAUUAAAAGGGCAUGUUGUACUGCUAAUUAAGUUGUCUGGUGCUUCUGCAGCAUCCUGCACGGUAGAUGCGGUGGCCCAGUCAUAUAUGUCUGUGUCAAUGGCUUGGCCAUCCAGAUUUUAAUCUCAACUGCUCUAACCUCCAUGGUAAGGCUCUACAGUUCCUUUAUUUGUUUUACAGAAGAGAUGCAACUGUACUGCCAUCAUAUUAUAUGUUUUAGAUUAUGAAAUAAAAUCUGGCCUUGAUCA